AUGACCAGUGUUCAAAGUGAAGUGGUACAGACUGGGCAGUCUUCUGCAUCAACAGCACCAAAAAUCAAAAUUAGUAGCAACGAUGGAGAAGUAUUUGAAAUUGGACAAGACAUCAUUAAUCAAUCAAAUACAAUUAAAGAAAUGUGCAGUGAUCUUGGUGAUUCUGUUUACUCGAUAGUAACGCCAUUGCCAAAUGUUAAAGCAUCAAUUAUGAGACCGAUAAUUGAUUUUUGUGAACAUCAUAAAGAUGAUCCAGCUCCUAUUACUGAUGAAGAUGAGGAAGAUCCAAACAAAGAUAUACACGAGCCUAAACGAUCUGAUGACAUUAGCGAAUGGGAUCAAGAGUUUAUCAAACAAUUUACAGUAAAAGAAGGGACAAUUUUUGAUAUCAUUAUGGCAGCGAAUUAUCUUGGUAUAAAAACAUUAUUAGCUGUUGGUUGCAAAACAAUUGCUAAUAUGGUUCGAGGAAAAUCAUCGUCCGAGGUUCGAGAAAUGUUUAACAUUUCGUAUGACCCACCUGGACAGGGUCUUAAUGCUCCAAAUCAAGGCGCCAUUGAAGGUGGUGACUCAAAUCCAACAUCGCCACUUCCCUCUGUAGAACAACCUAGUUUUGGUGGUGAUACAGGUGAUGGAUCAGCACCCGAUCCAAUGCAUGAGUAA